UGUGAUUGAGUGGUGCUUGCCUAUAAAUGACUUUAAUCUGGAUGGUUUGGAGUUCAAGGCCAUGGUCAGUGGUGGACACAGACUCCAUAGUGACUUUCUAUAUUUCAAAAAGGAUAAUCUCUAUGGCAUAAGCUGCUUCGAGAAUAUGCCUGUCGAAUCACAACUAGAAAGGGGUGCACGAAUGAAAUCUGUGGGUAUUCUCACGACGUCAUACAGAAAUCUGCACUGCCACAAGCCGUUUUUAGAAAUACAAGUGAGGAAACUUUUAGAGGAUCCAGGUAACUAUGACAUUCUUGAGGACUUCUAUGAGAAAAAGAAGGGUGUACUGCAUGAGCAAUCAGACAACAGUAGCAGCACAUAUCUCACUGCUGAUUCCACGAGAUCAUAUCCCAGUGCUACGGACGGUCAUUCUCAUCUGAAGUGUACUGUGCAAUGUGUCUGGUGGAGCAUGGCAUUGCUGGGCUGUCUGAGUCAUUGGUUCCUAUUCAGCCACUAUUCUAUGUGAAUGUGGCUGACAUUGAAUCCAUAGAGGAGGAAAUCUCCUACAUUGCUUGUACAACAGAAAAGAUAUUUGAAACAAAAACACGCUUGUUUGAUGUCUACAUUGACAAAGAGAAAUUACUUACGCAUUCACCGACACUGAAAAACAUCAACCAUGUCAACAGCUCUGACAGGAACAAAUUCAAGAAACUAAACAAAAUCAGCGUUGGGACUUCCAAAAAAACUGAGGAUGAUUCAUUCGAUGAUGAAGACACAUUUAUUGUGUUCUUCAGGGAGUUGAAUGAGCGAUUGUUUCGCACGUUGCUCGAGGCGUCUGCAUCACAUGACAGACGACUGACAGCCAAUCACAUGCGCAGCAUCGGACUCCACCCACGUGCAGACCGCGACUUCAUUUCACGCGUCGCCGAGACGUACAACAUCGAUGUAGUUCUGGCCACCGAGCACCCGUGCUGCCCCCUGCUGUUUGAUUGAAGAUACCUUUGAACGCUUGUGACAAGCUGUGAUGAGGUAAGACAUACUGCGUACGUGGUGUGCGAUUCCAUCUACUGUAUAGCUGGCACGUCAUUUACAUUCUGUAUAUAUAUACUGUGAACAACUGAAAAUAUACUGUGAUGGUACAGAUGCAUCGGUAUUGUAUGCUAUAUUGAUUAUAGAUGUAUAAAAAUGAAUGAAUUAGUGUUAUAUUAUUGGUGACAGUGCUUCCGUGCGAAUGUAUGGCCAACGUGGUAACCUUCAUUAUGUCGUUUUACCAAACCAUACAUGUGCGAACAAGGUGGGUGUAAGUUAGAAAUGCCUUAUUGGAAUCUGGUCACAAAGUUUAACGUAAACAUUGCGUAAUUAGGAGCUCGGCUCAUCGACAACAAUCUGUUUUAUGUUCAUGCGUUUUCGCCGAGAGACAGUUGCUUGUUAAGAUUUCUUAUACUAGUCAAUUGUAUCCCCCACGACAAAGUCGGCGGGGAUACUAUCAUUAUGGUUUCCUGUCUCCCCAGCCGCCGCCGCCGCUGCUCGGUCUGCCGCAGAGAA